AAUAAAAUCAAUCAUUUUCUCUUGCCGCUCAAAGCUUUCACGAGUCCACGUUUUCGCUGAAGAAAUUUCGUCAUAAGUCCCGUUAAAGUGCAAAUCCGAAGAUUUAGUUAUUAGCAGAAGAAUCCCGGCAGCAGCAUUGUCCCUAAUAAAUGAGUUUUCUCUCCGAACUCCGUGAAAAAAAGAAACAUCUAAAACCCACAGAAACAGUUGUGACCCAAGAAGAUGGGAAAAUAUUCGUAGUCUCUAAUUCUAUCGUUAAAAAGCUGGAUAAAGUUUCGACGGGUUUCAUCAUCGACCUUAAACCCGAUGACGUCCCUGCGAAAAUCGUCGAUUACUUAUAUUUAGGGUCUCAGGACUGUUGCGACCCGAGUGUCCUAGAGGGCCAUCAAAUUAAGCAUGUUUUAAGUUUAGGUGUUGAACCAGCAAAGACCCCUGAUAUAAAUUAUAAGUUCGUCAAAAUUCUCGACUUGGACAACGCGAAUUUGCUCGACAUUCUUCCGAAAUGUCUGGAUUUUAUCGAAAGUAGCCUAAAUAGGCGGGAAAACUUGUUGGUGCACUGUAAUGCGGGCGUUAGUAGAUCAGCUUCAGUCGUAAUUGCAUAUCUUGUAAUAAAACGGAAAUUAAUGUUUGAUGAAGCUUAUGAAAUCGUUAAACUUGCCAGACCUUGUAUCAGGCCUAAUGAUGGUUUUAUGUUGCAAUUGCGUCGACUGAAGCCUACUUAGUCAUCGGUAUUUUCUUUUCAGGUUUUAAUAAUAAUUAUUGUUUUAAGGUUUGAUUAUGUACAUGAUAAAUAUAACAUUGUGUAUUGUAUAUUUAGGGGUAUGAAUAAUAAAUGUUUUUAUUCUAGAAUAA